AUGAGAAUCCAUUUUAUCAAUAUAAUUCAUUUAUUUAUACUUUUAUUUUUAUUAGUCAAAUGUAUUAAAAAAAAAAUAGUAAAUAGAAAAAAUAACUUUGAUUGUAAAUUAUUGAAGAAAAAUAAUAUUAUUUUGAACAAAUGGAAAGGUAAUAGGAAAUCUAUGAACUGCUUAUUUUUUUUAAAGAAUAAUAUUCAAAUGCUCCCUUUAUCUAAUAGGAAUAUAAAAAAUAACUUUUUCUUUCAGAAAUUUAAAUUAAAGAAUUUUUUGUGUUCAACAAGAAAUAUUGAGAGAACUAAAAUAAGAGAUAUAUUUAAAAUAGAUAUAAAAGAUGAAUCAAAAAAAAAUCUUAAAAUAUGUGGAUGGAUUAAAUCAGUUAGAACUGUAGGAAAAAAUUGCUUUCUUUUUGUUGACAUCAAUGAUGGCUCUUAUUUUAAGAAUUUACAAGUAAUAAUUGAUGCAAAUGUUUUAAAUUAUAAUGAGAUUUUAAAAACAUCAACAGAUGAUGGUAUAGAAUGUGUAGGGGAAUUAAAAUCUUCAAUUGGAAAAAAUCAAAAAAUAGAAUUAUGCGUUUAUGAUGCAUCGAAAGAUCAUUAUGUAAAGUUAUUCAAAAACAUAAACAAUAUAAAUGAGCAUAAUUGUAAUGAGAAGGAAAAUAAUAGUGAAGUAGAUUGCAGUGUUAGCAAUAAUGAUAAUAAUAAAAACUUCAUUGUGAAUAAAAAUAUUAAUAAUAUAAAAGAGAAUAAUGAAAAAGAAGAUUUAAUUGAAAAUAGUCAGAAUAAAGAUGACUAUUAUAUGAUAUCUAAAAAAUUCCAUACAAAGAAAUAUUUGAGAAACUUUCCACAUUUAAGAGCGAGAACAAAGUUAUACAGUAGUGUAUUCCGAUUAAAAUCUGACAUAAUUUUCGAAACUUUUAAUUAUUUUAGAAAAAAAAAUUUCACUUAUAUUAAUACUCCUAUUUUAACAAGUAAUGAUUGCGAAGGGGCAGGAAAACUAUUUUAUGCAACCACCCUGCUUAAUAAAGAAAAUGAGAAUAAAACAAAUGCAGAUAGUAUCAAUAUAAAAAAUGAAAAUAACAAUUAUGAAAAAGAUAUUUUUCAAAAAGAUUUUUUUAAAAAACCAUGUUACUUAAAUGUUUCAAGUCAAUUGGCAUUAGAGUGUAUGUGCUGCUCUAUUGGUGAUGUGUUUACAAUUAAUCAAUCAUUCAGAGCAGAAAACUCCAACACUUUCAGGCAUUUAAGUGAAUUUCUUAUGCUAGAAGUAGAAAUUCCUUUUUCUAAUUUGAAUGAUAUUGUAUCAGUAUCUGAAGACUAUAUAAAAGAAAUGAUUAAAUUCGCAUUAUACAAAUCAGAAGAAAUAGAAUAUUUAAAUGAAAAUCAUGAUAAAAAUCUAAAAAAAAAGUUAGAAAAUGUUUUAAACCAAAAAUUUAUUGUAAUUACUUAUGAUGAAGCUGUGGAUUUAAUAAAAAAAAAAAAUACAUUUUCGGAUUUAUCAUGGGGAACAGAUUUAUCCUUUGAUCAGCAAAAAUUUCUAACAAACAACUAUUUCAAAUCGCCUGUUGUCAUAAUAAAUUAUCCCAAUAAUAUUAAACCAUUUUAUAUGAAAUUAAAUAAAGAUAAAAAAACAGUAUCUUGUAUGGACAUUUUAUUCCCUGAUAUAGGGGAAAUUGUAGGAGGAUCUGAAAGAGAAAUUCAUCUAAAUACUCUAAAACAAAAAAUGAAUAAUCACAAGUUAAAUAUGAAGCUAUAUGAGCCCUAUUUACAACUAAGAAAAUAUGGUAAUAUUCCUCAUUCUGGAUUUGGUUUAGGUAUAGAUAGAUUAAUUAUGUAUAUUUCAUCAAUUAAUAAUAUAAAAGAUAUAGUUACAUUUCCUAGAUAUCCAAAUUUUCUCUUUAUGUAA